AUGGAUCGGCACUUGCUGUGCAAAGUGUGCGGCGACAAGGCGUCCGGCAAGCACUACGGCGUGGCCAGCUGUGACGGCUGCCGCGGCUUCUUCAAGCGGUCCAUCCGCAGAAACCUGGAGUACGUGUGCAAGGAGAGCGGAAGGUGCACGGUCGACGUGGCCAGGAGGAAUCAGUGCCAGGCGUGCCGCUUCAAAAAGUGUCUCGCAGUCAAUAUGAGAAGGGACGCCGUGCAGCACGAACGGGCGCCUAGGGCUCCAGUCGGCAGUGCAGGCUCGAAUAUUUCUGCGGUGACAACGCGCAUCAGGACGCCGCACAUGCCGAACACGAUGGCCACCCUUCUCUUGCCAGGGCACGACCUUCUCCAGCACUAUUGGCCCCUUGGACCGAGCCUGAGGUGCCAUUGGCCAGUGCCGAUGACCAGUCCGACCAUAAGCAUUUCUGCAGAUCCAGCUCCAGAGCAGGAAGUGUCAAGCUCAAGCGUCCAGAGCGACGAAAAGAGAACGCCGAUAGUCCCUGCAGUGACCUACGCUUCGGCGUCGACGAUAUUACCAGCCAUCGAAACUGCAAACGAGAGCGCGGCGCGAAUUCUGUUCAUCGCGGUCAAGUGGGCCAGAGCAAUGCCGUCUUUCAUGCGGCUGCUUCCGGCAGACCAGGAGUUGCUGCUCGAAUUCUCCUGGGCUCAACUCUUCGUUUUCACUGCGGCUGAAUGGGCUUUUCCCAUAAGCGAAGAGGUGUUGGUGCGCAAUUCCCUGGCCCCGUCGUCCCGGCACCGCACCCUUUUGGAACAGGCGCGGGCCCUGAGAACGUUCAUUGGCCGCUGCUCCAGUCACAGAAUGGACAGAACAGAGUUUGCCUGUCUCAAGGCACUCGCCCUUUUCACUCCAGAAUUGUCCGGUCUGCGGGACAGCAUCCGCGUGGAGGCGUUGCAGGAGCAGAGUCAGCUGCUGCUCGGCGACUACUGCGUCAGCAGCGGAGGCUGCGAGGGGGCGGCACGGAGGCGGCUCGGCCGACUGCUGCUGCUGCUGAGCGGCGCUCGUCAGCUGGAGGCGGCGGCGCUGCAGGAGCUCUUCUUCAGCCAAACCGUCGGCCAGGUGCCCAUCGAGAGACUGCUCGGGGACAUUUUCAAGGCGGCCCCGCCGUGCUGAA